GCAGACUAGAGGGUGUUACCGGCUCAUAUUAUAUCAAGUUUGAAAAGCAAACAUAGGAUCAGAAAUGAGCCGACUUCAAGUUUUCAUAUUGCACGUGUGAUAUUUUUUCAAGGUUCCUCUUUAAAACUUAUCUCACAAAUUCCGGCAGCGCUUCCCUUUCAGCUGCGCGUUCAGCGCAUCGCACUCGCUGUGGAUGCGUCUAGAUUCACUCCGUUUAUAAUCGUUAGUGCUCUUAAAUAGCCGCUGGGAUCGUUUAAAUGCUGAGUGUGGAAUCUCCAGUUCUUCUCCACUGCCGGAUAACACCGUGGUUUUUUUGAAUGAGGCUAUCAGGUCUUACUCAGACGUGCACGGUGGGGCACGAGCUCUGAAGAAUGAACCGAUAAUAUCAAUCAUCUGCGAGAUCCUUCAGGACUUCGAUAACCGCGCGAUCAAUUUACUCCGGCGAACAAGGUCAUGAUGUAUUCGCCGAUUUGUCUAACACAGGAUGAGUUUCAUCCCUUCAUCGAGGCUCUGCUCCCUCAUGUCCGUGCCAUAGCCUACACCUGGUUCAACCUGCAGGCGAGGAAACGCAAGUACUUCAAGAAGCAUGAGAAGCGGAUGUCCAAGGAUGAGGAACGGGCCGUAAAAGAUGAGCUGCUCAGUGAAAAGCCUGAAAUCAAGCAGAAGUGGGCGUCCCGUCUCUUGGCCAAACUGCGCAAGGACAUCCGGCAAGAGUACCGGGAAGACUUUGUGCUCAGCGUAACAGGCAAGAAGCAUCCGUGCUGUGUUCUCUCCAACCCUGACCAGAAGGGCAAGAUCCGCAGAAUCGACUGCCUGAGGCAGGCUGAUAAAGUGUGGCGGCUGGACCUGGUGAUGGUCAUCCUGUUCAAAGGUAUUCCGCUGGAGAGCACAGAUGGCGAGAGACUGGUCAAGUUCCCGCACUGCACCAACCCGGCACUUUGCGUCCAGCCCCACCACAUCACUGUCUCGGUGAAAGAGCUGGACUUGUUUCUGGCGUACUAUGUUCAGGACCAAGACUCGCAGCAGUCAGGAAGUCCCAGCAACAAUGAGCCUGGCAAGAACCCUCCAGUUUACUUGGAAGACAGCUUUGUUAAAUCAGGGGUCUUCAGUGUUUCGGAGCUGGUGAGAGUGUCCAGAACUCCCAUCACACAGGGUACAGGAGUAAACGUCACUAUGGCCGACAUGCCAAGCCAACUGUAUUAUCAAGACAUGAACUCUGGAGUGAGUUUACACCGGUCCCUCUCAUCCCCACCUGGCAGUAAGCGGCCUAAGACGAUCCCAGAGGACAGUAUGGAGACCAGUCCCACUGGGCCGGACUUCUACUCAUCCCCCAGUUCACCGGCCAGCAGACCCUGGCAUGAGAGAGACCAAGGAGACAUGUCUUCUCCCACCAUGAAGAAGCCAGAGAAGCCAUUAUUCAGCCCCACAUCUCCACAGGACUCUUCACCUCGGCUUAGCACCUUCCCCCAGCAUCACCACCCAGGACUGACCACCGUCGGCCACAGUGUAAUCUCCAGGAGUCCACCUCCACACUCUCCGCUGCAGUUCUCCGCCCCUGCCAUCCUUCCCCCAGCUCACUCGCCCUACAUCUCUCACAGCGCCAUCCGUUACCCUCCACACCUCAAUCCACCGGACACCCUCAAGAAUUACAUGCAGCCUUAUGACCCGUCCAGUCCGCAGAGCAGCCAGCCUAACAGCAGUGGUCAGGUACUGGGGAAAGUUCCUGGUCACUUCACGCCAGUGCUGGCCCCGUCUCCCCAUCAUGGCACGGUCAGACCGGUGUCUCUCUCCAUGACUGACACCAAGCCAAUCACCACAUCAUCAGAGGGUUAUUCGACUCCAGGCACCCCCACUGCCAACCGUUUUGUGGGAUUGAGCCCCAGAGACCCAGCCUUCCUUCACCAGCAACAGCUGAGGAUUUGUGACUGGCCCGUGAAUCAAAACAUCAGGUCAUAUGGCUCAGAGGAGACUUUGGGGAUUUCUUGGCAAAGUCCUGGUACCUGGGCGAGCUUAAUUCCAUUCCAAGUGUCGAACGGGACUCCGAUUCUGCCAACAAAUGUCCAGAAUUACAGCAUAAACAUCAUUGGUGAGCCCCUCCUCCAGGCAGAAUCAAGCAAUUGAAGGGGGCCUAGAACUUGGACCCAGGAGCAACAGGUCCUCGGACAAACCAGCAAGCAGCACUUAUACAAUCGACCUGGACCUUUGUCCCAUCCUCUAAAGGACAUUGGCUUUGAGCAGUAGAGUGAGUGGGGUCAAAGUGUUCUAUUCUGACAUGAGCCUGUCCACACCAGUCAGUCAUUGUGUACGGAGGCCCCUAAACUGAGAUACUGUGAUAUUUACCAUACAAAACUUUAGAUGCCUUACUGUAUAUGCAUGACAUGCUAGUCUUUCGUAGUGAUUCUCUUGUUCUUAUGUCACGAUUACUAGUCUUGGUUUACGAAAUGAUUUGGAGGGGGCAGCCACACAAGGGCUGGCUGGCUGGACGGUUUGUAAGUGGGCUGCAAUUCUAACGAACUUUAAUCAAACAGAGGCUCAUCCUAUUCAUUACAUAAACAUAGGAACAAUUUUGAACUUAAUGUUUUUAUUUUCAUAUUUCCCUCUAAGUUUAAUUUGCACAUGGUGCAAAAUCUUUUGGAAUUUGCAAUCUUGUCAAUCUUGUACUUAUUUUCUCUAAAGGUAAAGGUUGGAAUUUAUUCUGAAGAGUUAUGAACUCUAAAAAAAAAAAAAAAUAUGUAUUCAAUGAAAGAGGAAAAACCUGUAUUACUAGAUAAGAAUUACAACCCCUUUUUUAUAUCCUUUGAAAAGGAUUUUGAGAGAAAAAAAAAGUCAAAAUCUCAUAAGAGGCAAGUGCAAUUUAAAUGAUUUUACUGAAGGGAAGCUAUCAUAGUCUGUCUGCCCUCAGACUCUAAAGUAAGGGGGAGUAAAUGUUUUUUAAGUGAACUUAAACGUAAAACAUAUAAAAAAGAAAAACUAUUAAAAAAAUUGCACUCUUGAUUCGGUAUACUACAGAAAGCUGAGGGUGGAAAUGUGGGACUGACAGUGAACGUUUACGUGAGCGGAACUGAACACGAACAAGACAGCACUUAUUUUGAGCCGUACCCAAACAUGCGGGUAGUUUUUUUUUUUUAUUUAUUAAAAUGAAAACUUAAAAUAGGUGAAAAGACUCAAACACACUGCGUGUAUAAAAUGGCUUAUUUUGGCAUAUUACUCACCAAUCUAGUAUGCAUGUUUAGUCGGCUGUUAGCUUCUGAAGCUACUGUUUACACUUUGAUAUCAUGAGAAACUAGAUGAACGCAGGCUGGUGAAGUACUUCAAGACUAAAUGUGUAUGUGUGUUGUGUGUACAAUCUGUACUUAUUUCAACCCUAAUCUGCAGGUUGAGGCGAGAUCUCAAGGUGCUUAUUUCACGCCCACUUUGGUAGUUCCCAACAGUUGCAGUCCCAGAAAUCUACGAUUGCUCCCGGCAUUUGCUAUGCCAUUGCCUCUCCAAUCAGACAUAUUUAUAUAAUUACUCUUUCCAAUAAUCUUAAUUUGCACGAAAAUACAGUAUAUAGUCCACGUUACGUGCCUUGCCUUCGACUAUAGAAAACAUCACUACACUUGUUUUUGCUGCAUUUAUUACCGUUUUAGGAAAGAAAGAAUCCGUUUUAUGAUAAUACCUAUUUUGUACUCUGGAUGAAAUUGAGACAUUGUUGAUUUUUAGCUUAAUUUACUACUUUAUCUCACAUUUACAGUGCAUAUCAAGGCUGUGUAUAGUUGUCGUUCUAAAGUUUAUAAUCUACGAGCAUUAUUUUUCCAGUAUUUCAGUGGUUUUCAUUUUUGAUUCUGUUUUAAUCACGUGUUUGUUUUUCCAUCUUCCAGUCAUUAUUGGGGAGGGAGGGGUCCAGAUUUAUAACAAUUAUGCAAUACCAAGUUUUGCCUAUGUAGGUAGUGCUUUUAGCUAUGUGGAUUAUUAGAAGCUAGCACAUAAAUACAGAUAGUGUAAACAUUUAUUUUGUUGAUGUUGUUGUUGUUGACAUCGUUGUUGUUAUUUUUCCUUUUUUUUUCCCCCUUUAAUUGACCAAAGUGGGAACUGCUUUCUAUGCAGAGUGUGACAAGGUCUUUUUUUCCCCUUUAAGUGUACCAAAAGGUGGAGAGGUGCAUGUAAGAGUAAUUUUGUUUCAUAUUCUCUAUAAGGGGAGGAUGUUUUUCUAGACUUUGAAGCAUGUCUGUAAAGAAUGCACCAUUUGGUCUAAUUUGGCUGAAAAGUCACUGAUUAGUCUACUGUGACUAACAAACUCCUUCAAACUUUCCACCUGGGGUGCUAGUUUGACUCCCGGAAGAAGAUAACAUUAAUAGGGGAGACAGCUUGACUUGAGAGCGACAAUCACCAGUGAAAUUAUUCAAUAUUAUUGCAUCGUCAUUUCAGAAAUAUUCUCAUCCCAUGAGUAACUACCCCGUUCUCGCUGCAGAAUAAACAAUGCAGCUAUAUGCAAUUCCCAAGUAGAUGCCUUAAACUAACAAGUGGCUUGUUAUAAAAUGCGCUACAAUCACCACCACGCAAGUUCAUGCGUGUUAAAUAUGUCACAAUCAGAAAAUAUCCAUUUCAAUUUACCGCCUUUUUGAGAUCGUAGUUCAUAGAUGGAUAAAACCCCCCAUUGGGACAAUAAGUUAUUUCUAUUGAUAUUGUUAUUUUGGAGUUGUUUCAUAAGCUAUAUAUCUAGGUGAAAAGGAAUCAUUUAACGCUCUUAUGGUCUCGAGGAUCAAGGAAAUCUUUGUUGGAAAAUGAAACGGUUUUGCACCUACAGCUCAUAGGCAAUCAUCCACCCAUAGUGUCCUUCCAACUAAAUACAGAACAACAAAAACUCAGGCUUUUUGCUACACAGGGGAUUACCAGCAUCAUUUAAAAUACACCUUUUUAUAAUAGCACUUCAACAUACUAAAUCUCCCCUUUAUAUUAAUUGUUGUUUCAAAUUCUAGCUCUUAAAUCACUAUACAGUCUGUUUUCAGAGACCUCAAGUCAAGCUGCCACUCUCCUUCCUCAUUCAAGAUUUAAUAAUUAAACUAGAAAAAAAGCCACCCCGUUAUAUGUGCACUGUUUCGCCUUUAGUUGUUUUUGAUUUCUGUAAAAUAAGUGCUUUGCAGUCUUCUGGAUGUUGGCAAUGCCACUGAAGUGCAUUUUCUCCUAGUGUGAUGGGAGUGUCAGGGUCAUAGAAGUAAUACUUGUGUUCUUAAAGGAAUGUUCCAGGUUCAGUACAAGUUAAGCUUGACAUUUGUGGCAAGAUAUUGAUUAUCACAAAAUAUGUAUUUAGACUAGUCCCUAAAAAAAUCCAGGUUCUAGUGAGGCACUUGCAAUUGAAGUUAGUCCAAUCCAUAAAUAUUAAAAUACUUACUGUUUGAAAGUAUGGCCACAAGAUGUAAACAAUAUGCGUGUUAACAUGAUUUUAGUGUGAGAAAAUCACUUACUAACCUUUUCUGUGUAAAGUUGUCAAAGUAUGCCAAUUUUGCUACUUGGUUGCCUUGACGGCAUAAAGUGGUAAACCCUAAAACAAUGGAAAAAAUACUUAAUAAUACAAAUAACUUUACAGCUAAUAUAAAAUUAUAAGCAUCUUGUUUCUGCCUUUAAACACUCCAAAAAUUGUCCCCAUUCAUUUCCAUUGUAUUUGGGGCGGCUCUGGCUCAGGUGGUAGAGCGGGUCAGCCACUAAUUGCAGGGUUGGCGGUUCGAAUCCCAGCCCACAUGACUCCACAUGCUGAAGUGUCCUUGGGCAAGACACUGAACCCCAAGUUGCUCCCAAUGGCAGGCUAGCGCCUUGCAUGGCAGCUCUGCCACCAUUGGUGUGUAAAUGGGUGAAUGGGACACCUCUAAGUUUAAAAAAGGCGCUAUAUAAGUGCAGACCAUUUAUCAUUGCUUCAGUGUAAUCUUAUUUUUUGCUUUUAUGAUUUUUUUAUUUUUAUUAUUAUUAUUAUUUUUUUUUUUUUGUGGUAAUCAACAUUAUACCACAACUGCUGUUGAUUGAGCUUAACUUAUAUUGAACCCGGAAUAUUCCUUUAAGGUGCGCUGGAAACCGUGAAGGAGGCCAUAGGUUGGGGCCAUCUCCAUGGCCGUUGUAAUAGCAAUUGUUUUUGGUAGUCAUUGUUAUGGGUUAAAAUCUGCUCUGGCAGCUUCGUGAAAUGUGAGUGUGUAGAUGACUUUGUCAGAGUGUUUGUUAAAGGAUGACUCUGACACUACAAGAGGAGAGUAGAUGAGGGUCUUUCUGUUGAAUUACCUGCCUUGUUGACAAAAGUGUGUACACUGUAAAUUUCUUUCUUUCCCCUUUUGUAAAAAGAAAAAACUUUUGACGUAAUCGUGAAUUGUCCAUUAAAUGAUGUCCAUAUUUUUUAGCGAAACAAAAAACAAACAAAAAUGUGUUUAGAUUCGUGUUACAACUCUCCAGCUGUCCAUUAAAUAAGAAAGAGUUUGACUUUGUAAUUCUUUAUUUUUGUUUUCCUGUACUUAUAAAGUGGAGUUAAUUCCUGUAAGGGACUGUAAAUGUUUAAAACAAAAUGAUGAAGGUCUUUUGUUGUAUUUCGUGUUGAUUAACUUGGAUCCUUGAGACAUUUCAUAAAUGUUUGAAGUGUUGUUUUGUUAGUGUGGCCAUAGGGUGCGUUUGAUGUGAUUGUGAUAUUGAAAAUGGGAAAAGAAAUGUUUAAAUUUGUGUUAAGUAGGGUCAUUUUUAUUAUUAUUUUUACUGUUGGGAACUCCUAGUCACUUUAGAUUAAAGGCACCUGAUUUGAGUCUCCCAACAAUAAGUACCAGGGUAAUGUCGCUGAAGACAUCACAAAAUAUUCUACUGUCUUUUGCAAAAUUAAGCAUGCAUUAUUUUCCCCAUCAAUGGAGGCUGACCCACCAUACAAUAUACAGAAUGCUUGCUUAAAGGGUGACAUUUUUCAGCAAGAUACUAUGCCAAUACUGGCACUUAGGCAUCUCCAUUCUCCAGUGUUUACAUAUGUCCGCUCUGGGCAGGGAUUGCCAUGUUAGAAUGAAUGCUGGUCACAUUUAUAUGUGUCGUUUUCAGGGCAGGCUCAGUACGGAGAGAAGUGCAAAUCCUAGAAGUCUUUGUGUGGACACGCAGGCAUCUUUUUUAUGUUACCAUCGCAGAGGAAAACAGCUGAGCAUUUGCACUUUCGGCAGUUCCCACUAGCUCUUUGAUUAGCACAUUGUUUGUUGUUUGGAUUACGUCAAGCAGUUAUGAUGCUCGAGUGUUCAUAGUCGGACUGAGUGUUGCAUUGGUAGCUCAGAGCACUGCCCCUCACCACAGCAUACAAUGUUAUGCUUAUACGAUGGUUAAACUUUAUUUUGGGGUACAAGUAGCGAUGUCUGUUUUUUCAAAGGGCUGAUCUCAUUGGUAGUUUCAGAAAUGAGUUAAGAAAUGACAUAUUAAUAGCAGUAAGAUAUCCUGGUGAUGUUGUGAAAGCCAUAGUAAUGGCUCUACAUGUAGAUCAUUUAUACAAGGUGGACCAGUGGAACCCAUGCCAAUGUCUAUUUUCAGCUCUUCUGUGUGUUAGUGCAGGGAAAGGUAGGAGGAAAUUUUUUUCCACAUCCACUCUCAUAUUUCCAUUUCUAGAGCAUUUCCAACAGCAUGAGUAAUCAUCGACAUGAACAGGAACAUUUUCAAAAACAGCAUUUUAUGAGACGUUUACAAAAAAAAAAAAAAGAAAUACAAUUUUUUUUCAAGCAGUGCCUGUUUCAGCUCAGUGUCUCAGUGGGCUUUCCCUUGUAAAUAGAAAAACCAUUGAAUUUUCUUUAGGGAAUACAAUAAAUGAUCAAUCAAACUCAAUCUGUGGGAUGCCUCACCCAAUGUCUUUCCCCUGAAAUGUUUCUGCUUAUUUUGGUCCUGGUUCUAUGUUUGAUUUGUGUUUUUGUGCUUUGUUCAAUUUUGGAUAUUUUAGUCAAAUGGGAUUCCCCCAGUUUCCAUUGCAAGGAGAAAAAGUAAUAGUUGGGCAGUGUGUUCUACUAGACUACACUUAGUACUAUAAUAGAUGACAAAAAAAUGUCAGAUGAAAAAAAAAAAAAAAGAAAACGAUUGCAAGUUCCACAGCAGAGUUAAUUUUCUUU